AUGAUUCAUCUUUUUGUGGAUGGGGAUUAUUUUCUCAGUGGUAUGACGCCCACAUCCGAGGAGGCGGUGCGGGGCGGCGUUGAGGACAUGCUGGACGCCAUCACGACUCAGCUGUUUGGUCAGACAAACAGAGGGGCGGCAGCAGUGGCGGUUGAGCAACGCAUUGUGUUUUUUUCCUCUUCCAUCUUAAAGGCUUUAGAGGGGCAGCAGUCGCAGCGUGACGUGCUCAUCACCGCACUGCGACGCCUGCGCUUCCAGACGAUUGUGCUCGACAGCAUUUCAAGCCGCGCGGGAUCGCCCGUGGAUGCCGCGAUAUGCACUAAAACAAUGUCGAUCCUUGCAAAGGCCCAUGGGGCCCUUAACGUCAAUAUCGGUGGCGGCGGCGGCGGAGGAGGAGGAGGAGGAGGAGGGGGAGGGAAGUUCAUGACGCUUGUGUACUUUGCGGCGAAUGCGUACAUAUCCUCCGCGUUGGAGUGGGCGCAUGACGCCGGGUGUGGGGUUUGUUUUGUCGUUUACAAUGGCGACAGUGUGGCCGAUGAGCUGAUGGCGUACGUGAGCCCCACGUACGGUAGCGGCGGUGGUAUUGCGACGAUUGCAAAAGGAGAGGGGAUUAACUUUAUCCCCAACACGGGGGCCGCAAGUGCCGCCUUGGCGGCUUUGCAGCACGAGGGCAAAGAACUCCCACUAGCUGUUCUGAUGCAGCUUAAACAACUGCAGCAGCGACUGACAGGUGGUGAUGCUCAGGUGGGGAACACACGGAAUGCUGCCGCCGUGCCUGGGACGGAUUCUUUGGCAUCAUCACUAAUUCCGUCUGCGUCUGCGGGUGGGGCGGCUUCACUGUUGUCACCUGCGGAUGCCUCUUCCCGUCCGCACCCGCCGCCCAUUGCGGGUGCCCCCGACCCUUUCCUUCCCGAUGACGAUAAGUCUGCGGACAAGAAGAAACAGCACACGACCGCCAUAGAUGCCACUGCCCCCUCAUCCACCAGCACGGAGGAGCCGAAGUUGGACACGCUCACGCUGGGAGCCGCGAAGAACACGGGAGAUGAUGCGAAACAAACGGCACACGUCCUGCCGGCGGCCGGCACGACGACGCCCAUGCGUGCUACGGCCACUCCGGAUGUCGCAAAGCCAGCAGAAACAGCAACGACACCCGUGAGUAUGGCGAUGAAUACAGCACCACCGUUGCCACAUGCACCCACUGCAACGACCGAUGCCCAGCCAAAAAGCACGGCAGCUUCUGCUUUUCCUGAGCCGGAGGUCUCCACGCGUCUCCCAGCCGGUUGGACCCUCAUGUACGAUCGGCAACGACGUCGUCACUUUUUUUUUUACACAAACGCCGACCGUGUGGUGAAGACCACAUGGACUCACCCAGGCGGUCUCGAGGAGCAGAUGGACUUGGAGCGCCAGGUGGAAAGCUGGCAUCGAAAGCAGCAAGAGCGUCGUCAGGCUGAAGCAAAUGGAAAUGAACGGAAUGAUCAUACGAAACCAACGACGACAAGUACGGCAGCGGAGGUAACAACAGGAGCAGCUAGAGAUUGGGAUGAGUGUGUCGACCCCAAGAGCGGACGCAAGUAUUACGUGAAUCGGUAUACCAAACAAACCUCAUGGACACUUCCAACAGCAGUAGCGAGUGUGACUAGCAAUAACCCUGCAAUGAAUGCGGCAGAAGUGAGACCAAAUCCGAUGGCCGCCACACCGAACACCAACAUGCUGCCGCCGUUCUGGGAGGAGUGUGUUGACCCAAAGAGUGGACGGAAAUUUUACGUGAAUCACCAAACACGCGAGACAACAUGGACGCGGCCGCAAGCGACUCCCGUCACGACACCACAACACGUACCGCAGCCGCACGCGCUGACACCGUCACACGCUGUCGCCCCCGCUUCUAUUAUCACUGCGCUGCCGCCGUUCUGGGAGGAGUGUGUUGACCCAAAGAGUGGACGGAAAUUUUACGUGAAUCACCAAACACGCGAGACAACAUGGACGCGGCCAUAA